CCCACCACCACCACCCUCCUUCGGACUCUUGGAGCCUUUUUUCCCCCCUCCUUAGGAAAAGUAAAGUGAGAAUCCUGCUCUCCAAUACAUCUGCAAGACAUCACCCUCUCCUCCUGAAACUUUAGUCACUCCUGAGAAUCCACAGGAGUGCAGAGAGGGGGAACACAUUUUCUUGAAGAUGUUUUAAAGCUGGAACAAGCCUUCUUCUGUUGGUGCUUGAACUCUUGCCUGGGAAUAACUUUUUUAACCUAAAACACACACACACACACACACACACACACACACACACACUUUGAUUCUUCUCUCCCACCCCUUCUUCUCUCUUCUUCUGUUUGCCUAACUCCCCCGCCCUGCUGGCCUCCCCUUUCCUCUCUUCCCCUUAUUAUUAUUUUUAGCGUGUGCGUGUGAACGCUUUUGGAGAGCUGAAGGGGAUUUUUUUUCCUUCUUCUUCUCCUGACUUGAACAUAGGGUGACUUUUAAUUUUAUUUUUUGGUGUGGAUUAUCUCUUUGGACCGCGCCGGACUUGGCCUCGGGAAAGCAACCGAAGCUGUCGGAGGCUGCCGGUGCACAACGCUCUGCUCUACAGAAGGGGGUCCCCCGCCCUCUUUCCACUUUUUUUGUUCUUCCCCUCCUUUCUCUCUCUCCCUCUCUCUCUCUCCAUUCCCUCCCCCACUUCCCCACUCGGCUCCUCUCCCCCCUCGCGCCCACAGCGUUUGGUGUUGAUUCGAGCGGGAAGAGGGGGGUGGGUGGGAUCGGAGGGGGAGACCAUGACCUCCAGCUACGGGCACGUUCUGGAGCGGCAACCGGCGCUGGGCGGCCGCUUGGACAGCCCGGGCAACCUCGACACCCUGCAGGCGAAAAAGAACUUCUCGGUCAGUCACCUGCUAGACCUGGAGGAAGCCGGGGACAUGGUGGCGGCGCAGGCGGACGAGAGCGUGGGCGAAGCGGGCCGGAGCCUCCUGGAGUCGCCGGGACUCACCAGCGGCAGCGACACCCCGCAACAGGACAAUGAUCAGCUGAACUCAGAGGAAAAGAAGAAGAGAAAGCAGCGGAGAAACAGGACAACCUUCAACAGCAGUCAGCUGCAGGCAUUGGAGCGUGUCUUUGAGAGGACACACUACCCAGAUGCUUUUGUGCGAGAAGACCUUGCCCGCCGGGUGAAUCUCACCGAGGCCAGAGUGCAGGUGUGGUUUCAGAACCGAAGAGCCAAAUUUCGCAGGAACGAGAGAGCCAUGCUGGCCAAUAAGAACGCUUCCCUCCUCAAAUCCUACUCAGGAGACGUGACUGCCGUGGAGCAGCCCAUCGUACCUCGUCCUGCUCCAAGACCCACCGAUUAUCUCUCCUGGGGGACGGCCUCUCCUUACAGCGCCAUGGCUACUUACUCUGCCACAUGUGCCAACAAUAGCCCUGCACAGGGCAUCAACAUGGCCAACAGCAUUGCCAACCUGAGACUGAAGGCCAAGGAAUAUAGUUUACAGAGGAACCAGGUGCCAACAGUCAACUGAGGAAAAAAAUAUUUAAACAGGCCUAAGAAGAAAUCAAAAACCAUAAGACACCUAUCCUGCUCUGUCAUUUCUUCAUCUGCUGGGAAAAAAAAUAAAAACAAACAAACAAACCAAAAAACAGAACUAAGCUAUUGGGACCAUGGCAGAGAAAAGCAGGAGAGGAGCAAAAUGAAAAUUAGCUAACAAAUGUUCCUCCUCCCUCUGGGAUACCACCACCACUUGUUUCUGUGUGUGUUAAUUAUGUUUUUCCUUCUAUUCAUGUGCUUUUCUUAAUAUAAUCUGAGCUCCUUCAGUUAAGUUCAGCCCACCCACCCCCAUGAUUGUAUGGGUUUUCAAAGAAUCUACAGCAGCCAAAAAACUACACACACACACACACACACACGCACACACACAUUCAGAAUAAUUGCCUAUAGUCUCCUCAAUGACCUGUUUGAAAUUCAGUGCCUUAUCUUAUCCUUCUUCCCAGUUCUCUGCAUAGAAACUCUAGGAACUUCUGAAAAGCCAAAGUCUUUCUGAAGAAUCUGUGCCAGACAGAAUUCCCUUUCUCACUGUCUCCAUCUCUGUUGGUUAUGGUAAGGUUUUUCCAUCAGCUACCAGGAAAAAAGAGCAACUGUGUACAACAUCUUGGUCACUGAUAUGUCUGAUCUGGUGUGAUUGGCUGUGUCUGGCUAAUUCUAAGAUCCAAGCUCUAGAUCUAAGCUCUAGAUUUAAGCUCUAAGCUAUAGAGGAUAAUAUCACCAUCACCACCACCCUUCAUCCAUAUCCAAGCAAUCAGCCUUCUUAAGUUAAAGAUAUUUGUUGUUUCCUGAAUGAUUUGCUGUCAUAGGUUAUUUGCUAGAAAAAAUAUUUUUCACUUGAGAGAGGGAGAGACAGUUUUUUAGGAAAACAAAGACUGAGUUGUGAAAGUCAUGGCCUACAUCUCUUUGAUGCCUUAAGGGUAGUCAGAUGCACACAUAUAUAUACUGUAUAUAUUUAUAUAUUUUACAUAUAUAUAUAUAAAAUAUUCUUGCAAGCUUGAGUUUGCAGUUUCUCAAACACUACAAAGAACAAAUUACACAACAUCACCAGUGACCUUCCUUCUAUAGUGAUGAGAUUUUUAUUAGGGAUCUCAUUUUCUUUCUUCCUCUAUACAAAAUUCUCAUUACAGCCAUAGAGGAACUGAUAGGGCAGCUGUUUGAGAACGGUUCUAAUUUUAGGGUUUUAAAUAAAUUAGAAACUAUUUGAGGCUAUGAAAAUGUCCUGGAGUUUGGCACCUGAACUCUGGUGGAAUGCUGAUAAACUCUGAUCUAUCAAGGGAAUUACACUUAAGAGGGAAAGCCAUUUAGUCAUCUGUCUUUUUUCCACUCAGCAGGAACCCGAAAGAUGUAUAAGAUCUUGAAAGUUUAUCUAAAUUCUAAAACUUUAAAAGGCAAUUCUGAGCUAUUUUUAUUUCCUAAUAUUUUGAAAUAAAGUUUAGUUCUAGGGCUACGAGCCAGGACUGACCUUUUCUUUGUUUCUUUCUCUUUGUUCCACCCAUGCUUUUGUAAUUUGUCAGGUAGACUUGACCAAAGUAUAUUACCAUGCUGUGCCUUGGUUUCCCUUUUUGUAAAAUGGGAUUAACAAUACUUACCUACCUCACAGGGGUGUUGUGAGGCUCUAAUCAUUUGCUCCUUCAUUCUUUCCUGUAUUCUUUGUAUGUCCAGCACUUUGUAGCCAUGGGAGGAAAGGGACUAUAAAAGUAUACAUGUUAAUGGAAGGAUAUGGUACCCAAAAGCCUUGUUAGAAAGCAAGGGUAUGCUACCUUGCUGUAAAUACUCUAACUUUGUAUUUGGAAAUGAGAAAUAUGUUUAUAUUUGUAGACCUCUCAAAAACCACAUCAUUUGACCAAAGAAUAAUUUAAGACACACAGAACAGACAUAUUUGUGACUUAUGUUCUCAUCCAUACCAACUUGGGUCCUAAUAACUUUCAUUAUCAGUAAUUGAAAAAACUCUAGAUUGAUUUUGGCCAAAUAUGCCAACUCUGAGUGACAGGCAAGGCUUUGGGAUUUAAGAUGCACUUUCAGUAAUACAUUUAUUUCCCCUGACAUGUCAAAUUGAACUAGUGGUGGUAUUUUUUUUUCAGUCAAAGAGCCACCAAUCUGAAACUGUAUUCUAAUGUUUAUUCAGUACUUCUUUUAAUGAGAAGCCCAUCUUAUGUAUUUUGCUUUUAUCAGCUGACUCCCUCUUCUUUUAAUAUAUUAUUAAAACAUUUCUUACUGAAUGGUUUAUGUAGGCUGGCUGAACAACACACGUUACUUGCUUUCUAAAGUGUUCUUCAACUAAUUCUUUUGUCCCUCUAUCUACUGCAGAUUAUCAAGUUUCAAAGGAACAGUGUAUCUUAACAGGUUAAAAAAUUCUUUAUGAAAAUGAGUACAGUCCAAGAAAUUGGUGAACUUUUAGAGUUUGGAGUUUGGGGAGAACAGCUAAAAGAGGGUUUGGGUUACAGUGCAGGAAGAAAAAAUCAGAUGUGAAAAGAUUUUGCUAAAAAGGAGGGAAUCUUAGAAGAGGGAGUAAAGAGACAGAGGGCCAUACAAAACAAGGUCAUUUGAAGAUUUCAUCCUAACAUUCAUUUUCAGUGGUGAACAGAAAAGCCUGUGCCCAUAACCCCAGUGCUAGGUGAAACUAGGCAACUUUAUCCAAUGCCUGGGCAAGCACUGUCUGGGAAUAUCAUAGAGUAACCAAAGCUGUCAGUCACGGGAACUUUUAUUGUUAGUGAAUCAAUACCGUAAACAUCUAUUAUCUAAGCAUUUGAUGGAGAAGUGUGCACAGAGUACAAACACUCAAUUUUGUUCAUUCUUCAUUGAUUUAAAAAAAUAGAAGUUUUCUAUGUUAUUUGGAGGAAUAGCCUUCUGGCUCCUAAACCAGAGGUCAACAGAGAGCCUCAGGGCCAAAAGUUUAAAGGUAUAUCCCUGUUCACAAUCAUCUAUACCCAGAUAACAGAUGAACACAUACAAACUAUCUGUCUGUGUCCCCAGUCCCUCCCCAAACAAGAUGCUCAUUUAUAGGGUACUUGGCAGGUUAAAUCAAACCAGAAGAGCUGAUCAGAUAAAAAAGGGAAUGAUAUUUAGGGUAUAAAGAUCUCAUAAGAAAUGUAAUAUGUAAAUUAUAUCUUGCUUUAUGAUGUAAAAUAUACAUUGUUUGCUCUAGAGUAGAAAUAAUUCCUUUUCAAUAAAAAGAAUGAUACUGCUGUUGUCACCUA